UUCAGAUAACCGAUCUAAUAUUUACGAACCAAAAACACGAUUCAAUUAGACAGAACUUUUUCUUAUCUGAUUCUAUCGGAUUUUUUGAGCAGGGUCAGCAAACAUAUCAAUGAAGUGUCCCCAUGUAUCUAUUCAUAAAAAUGAAUUUAAUAAACAAUUGAGGCUGGUCUUCCGUAAAGACACUUGGUUGCUAAAGAAAUAAACAGUUAUCAACAAAAUGGCUACAAGGAAAGAUAAAACGUAAGUAUUAAUGAAACACAAUAUUAAAAUAUAAAAUAUAUAGAAUAAAUAAAUAAUAAAAUUUAUGUUACAGAAUAAAUAUGGAAAUCGAUGAACAAGACGACCAGAUUUUAGCACAUGCAGCUGAUCGUUUCGAUCAGCUACAUGUACAAAAAAAAACCAAAAAAGUUCAACCGGCGAUGGCGGUGCCGAAAACAUCAGGAACAAUUCAACACCCGCCUCCAGCUCCGGCUCCGACUACGACCCCGGCUAUGACUACGGCCCCGGCUCCGACUACGGCCCCGGCUCCGACUACGGCCCCGGCUUCGGCCCCGACUACGGUCCCGGCUCCGGCCUCGUCUUCGACCCCAAUUCCAACACCGGAACCGGUCCCGCCCCCGAACCCGGACCCGGCCCUACCGCCAUUAAAAGACGAGAAAAACGAAAAACCUCGUCGGUGGCAACGAGGAGGUCGAAAUCGCAAAGGCCGCGGAGGACAAAAAGGCCGUGGAGGCCGUGGAGGCCGUGGAGGCGGUGGGCGCGAUCUAAGAAAUGUUUUUUACUUUACCUGUUCAUAAGAAGUAAGUAAAAUAUUAAAUAAACAAAAAUUAAACAAUGAAAUAUUUAAAAAUAUUUAACAUUAAGUUGUAUAUUUGUUUACAGAGGAUUCAACCGCCGCCUCCAGCUCCGGCACCAACCCCAACUCCGUCGGAAAAUAAAUAAAAACU